UCCCUUAUAAAUCCCUCACAUACACCCUCUCUUUCCACUCCAUUCAACUCAUACAUUGUUGUUGAAGCCAUUAACUCUUAAUUAGUAGUUUAGUUUGCAUCUUUCUUCUCAUUAUUCCCAACCACCACCAAAACCAAAACCAUGACCACCACACAUUUCUUCUUGUUCAUCACCAUUCUCCUCUACUCAUGCCACUCUCUCACCGGAGCCGAUGAUUUCGUUCGCUCCAUCGACCGGAGCCUCCUCGGCCUCAACAAAGAAGAGAAGGUUUCACACCUCAAAUUCUAUUGGCAUGACAUUGUAAGUGGCAAAAAUCCUACUUCAAUUGAAGUUAUUGCAGCCACAAAUAAGAUUAACACUACCACCUUUUUCGGUUUGACCCGUAUGCUGGACAACCCUUUGACUCUGGGGCCUAACUUGAGCUCCAAGCUUGUUGGGAGGGCUCAAGGGUUUUAUUCCUCGACGAGUCAAACCGAAGCUGACCUUCUUAUGGCCAUGAACUUUGCUUUUGUUGAUGGAAAGUAUAAUGGGAGCUCCAUUACCGUCUUGGGGAGAAACCCUAUUUUCAACAAGGUAAGAGAGAUGCCUGUGAUUGGUGGAAGUGGAUUCUUUAGGUUUGCUAGGGGUUAUGUUCAGCUGAACACUUAUUCGGUGAAUCUCAAGACUAAUGAUGCUAUUGUUGAGUACAAUGUUUAUGUCAACCAUUAUUGAAUUGUACUUUAUUUAAUUCCAUGUGUUUUGUGGGAGAUUGAUGUUAUAUUUUCAUUGUUUGCUUAUUGGAAAAGCACACUCCUUUGAUUCAUGUGUAAAUUUUACAUUACCUAAUAAUUAUGUAUUUUUAUG